UAUGCUUGUUGCUAACAGUUAUUAUGGAUUACCUAGUAUAAAUGUAGGAGGGGAUGUAAUAUUCUGGACCAAAGAUAUAGAUGCAUCAGCUCAACUUAAUACCAAUGAUAUCAGUGAAACACAAUUCCUUGAAGAGGCUUCAUUACGCAAUUCCAAUACCUCACUUUUUUAUUUGUCUGUAAAUAGAAUAUGGAAAAAGAAUGGUCCCGAAUGUGAUAAUCCUCUUGGAGAUCCAGAUGUUAAUAUUUCUGAUAUUUUACAGAAAUGCCAAAGCUUUAAAGAUCCACCACU